UUGUCUUCUUUAAUUUCUCGAGUAAAAUACCCAAACAAACACAACCUUGAUAACAAAAGAGUCCAAAGCAAAAAACAUGAACCAUGCUCUGAACUUUCCAUUUCCUUGAUCAUGGAGCUCCAAUCCAUUCUACUGCUUCUUCCACUCAUCAUCUCUCUUCCUUUCUGUUCUUCAUCUACAGACACCAUAAGAUUCAACGAAUCUCUUGCAGACGGCCAAGUACUAGUUUCCAGUGGAGAAAAGUACACCCUCGGCUUCUUCCGCCCCGGCAGCUCAAGAAAUCGAUACCUCGGAAUUUGGUUCACCAAACUUCCGACCCGGGUCGUCGUUUGGGUCGCCAAUCGAGACAAUCCGAUCAACGACACUACCGGCUCGCUCUCCAUCGACGCCGCUCGAGGAGGCUUGAUUUUGCAACAGGGGAGCAGGAACAUGACUACUCCUGCUCCCCUCUGGUCUACAAACGUCUCCACCGCCGGACAAAAUCCGGUGGUGGCACGACUGUUAGACGAAGGGAAUCUCGUCCUGCUGCAGCAGCAGCAGGACGGGGAUCAGGUCCUGUGGCAGAGUUUCGACCAUCCGACCGACACGGUCCUGCCCAACAUGGUGCGGAAAACAGGACCGGACUACGCGGUCCGGUCCUGGAAGUCCCCUGACGACCCUGCAGCAGGGGACUGGUCCUACGUCCUGGAAUCGAACGGGUCGCCGCCUCAGCUGAUGCUGUACGAAGGUCGGACCAAGCGGUGGCGGAGCGGACCGUGGAACGGAGUCGCCUGGUCCGGGGUCCCGGACAUGUCUAGGAUCACCUUCUUCAACAUCAGCGUCGUGGUCAACGACAGCGAUUCGACUUUCGUCUGGGGACUUCGGAAUGAUCCUACUCUAAUAGCCCGGGUGUACUUGGAUCCGGAGGGGAUUUUGAACCGAGCAAUUUGGCAGGACAAGGAUGCGCGGUGGAACGAGAUCUUCAGGUAUCCGAAGGAGACGUGCGACUGGUAUGGACACUGCGGGCAGAAUGGGAACUGCGACCAGAACAAGGAUGCAGGGGCUUUCUUCUGCAGCUGCCUCCCGGGGUUCGAGCCGAGGUCUCUGGGCGACUGGUACCUGAGGGAUGGCUCGGGAGGGUGCGCCAGGAAGCGAACGGGGAGCCUGAGCUGUGGAAGGGACGGUGGAGGCGAUGGGUUUGUGAAAUUGGAAAAUGCUAAAGUUCCUGACACGACGACGGGGAGAUUGUACGCGGGUAUGGAUUUGAAAAACUGCGAGCAGGAGUGUCUGAGGAACUGUUCCUGUACGGCUUACGCGAGUUCUAAUUUGACGAGCGGGAUUGGGUGCAUCGUACUGUACGGGGAUCUGAUGGAUACGAGAGUGUUUGCUGGUGGUGGGCAGGAUGUGUAUGUGCGAGUGAAUGCGGCUGAGUUAGCUGAAUACAGGAAAAGGUUGAAAGGAGACAAUGGGAAGAAGAAGGUUUUAGCGAUUGCAUUGGCCUCUGUGGCUGCGGCCAUCAUGUUGGUGGUUUCAGUUGCGUAUUAUUGCCUCUGGAGAAGGAAAAGAAAAGGAAACAAAGAAGAGACUAAUCGUACGAUUCCGAAAAUAGAAUCCGAAUCCGAGAAGGAAAGUUUGUACGAAGAUAAAGAUUCGUCGGUGCCAAUUUUUGAUGUGCUUGACAUCUUUGCUGCCACGAAAGAUUUCUCUUUGGCCAGCAAACUUGGACAGGGAGGUUUUGGCACCGUUUACAAGGGUGUACUUUCUAGCGGACAAGAAAUAGCCGUGAAAAGAUUGUCUCAGACCUCGAGGCAAGGAAUUCGAGAAUUCAAGAAUGAAGUACGGCUAGUUUCCAAACUCCAACAUAAGAACCUAGCAAGGCUGUUUGGUUGUUGCAUCCAUGGAGAGGACAAAAUGUUGAUCUAUGAGUAUUUGUCAAACAGAAGCCUCGACCUCUUCAUAUUUGAUAAAAGGAGAAGCUCGUUAUUGGAUUGGAUGAGACGAUUUGAAAUUAUCAUUGGAAUUGCUCGAGGUUUAUUGUAUCUGCAUCAAGAUUCGAGGUUGAAAAUCAUCCACAGGGAUCUUAAAGCAAGCAAUGUUCUACUAGACGCUGCAAUGAAUCCUAAGAUUUCAGAUUUUGGGAUGGCUAGAUUAUUUGGAGAAGAUCAAAUAGAGGCCAAUACAAAUAGAAUUGUUGGAACCUACGGAUACAUGUCACCAGAAUAUGCAAUGGAGGGUCUCUACUCAACCAAAUCAGAUGUUUUCAGCUUUGGAGUUCUGACACUUGAGAUCGUGAGUAGUAGACGAAGCAACCAAUGUUACCAAGAAAGUCCAUCAUUAAGCCUGAUUGGUCAUGUGUGGGAGUUGUGGAGAGAAGGAAGAGCAUUGGAAAUUGUAGAUCCAUCAACGAUGGGAGAAUCAUGUUCUAUCGAUCAAAUCAUGAGGUGCAUUCAGAUAGGUCUUUUAUGCGUUCAAGAAUCUCCAUCCGAUCGACCAACUAUGUCAAAUGUUGUCUUCAUGUUGGGCAAUGAAACCACUCUUCCAUCUCCGGGGAAGCCGGCAUUCAUACUCCAAAGGAAGCAUGAUGAUGCAAACUCAGUUGCAACUAAUGUCACCGGAUCAUCGACAGAUCCUUCAACCAACCAAAUGUCAAUAACCACUUUGGUAGCUCGAUAAUACAUAGAAGACAACCACACUUAUUAUGAAAACAAAGACAGUGUUUACUUUUUUGUUCUCUUGCUACUUGCUAGUAAUUACAAAGUAUACGACCCCGUGCUUCUGCAUCUUAAGCUUUACAUACUCGUUUAUUGUAAUAAUUUUUUUUCAGAGACGGAACACUUCACUUUCAAUAUUCUUAACAUUAAUUAAUUAUUAAUUAAUAUUAU